GGGGCAGCGAUGGCGGCCGCCUGGGAGGAGAUCCGCAGACUGGCUGCCGACUUUCAGCGGGCGCAGUUCGCCGAGGCGGCGCAGAGGCUGUCUGAACGUAACUGCAUAGAGAUUGUUGCUAAGCUGAUUGCUGAAAAGCAGCUGGAUGUAGUGCAUACGCUUGAUGGAAAGGAGUAUAUCACUCCAGCACAGAUUAGCAGAGAAAUACAGGAUGAGCUUCAUGUUUGUGGUGGUCGAGUAAACAUUGUUGACUUACAACAGAUAAUAAAUGUAGACCUGGUCCAUAUUGAAAGCCGAGCUAAUGACAUUGUUAAAUCAGACAGAACUAUUCAGCUGGUGCUGGGACAGUUUAUAAAUGAGAGUUACCUAGACCAAUUAGCAGAAGAAAUAAACGAUAAACUACAGGAAACUGGUCAGGUGACAAUAUCUGAACUCUGCAAGGCAUACGACCUUCCAGGAGACUUCUUGAUACAGACAUUGUCCCCCCGUCUGGGUAGGAUUAUCCAUGGCCAGAUAGAUCAGGACAACAAAGGAGUGAUUUUUACAGAGGCAUUUGUAGCCCGGCAUCGGGCACGCAUUCGUGGUCUGUUCAGUGCCAUUACUAGGCCUACUCCUGUAACUAACUUGAUCACUCGGUAUGGAUUUCAGGAACAACUGCUUUACUCUGUGUUAGAAGAACUUGUUAACACUGGACGUCUAAAAGGCACGGUGGUUGGUGGGAGACAGGAUAAGGCUGUGUUUGUUCCAGACAUCUAUGCCAGAACACAGAGCAACUGGGUGGACUCCUUUUUCAAGCAAAAUGGUUACCUAGAAUUUGAUGCAUUGUCCAGACUUGGCAUCCCAGACCCUGUGAACUACAUAAAGAAAAGAUACAAGUCCACAAAGCUCUUAUUUCUGAAAGCAGCCUGUGUUGGUCAGGAAAUUGUGGAUCAGGUGGAGGCUUCAGUAGAUGAAGCCAUCAGCUCUGGAACGUGGGUGGAUAUAGCGACUCUUCUGCCCAGUUCAUUAUCCAUAGAAGAUUCUGGAAUUUUGCUUCAGCAAGUGAUGAGAUCUUUCAACAAACAUUUGUCAACUAUAAUCUUCAGUGAUACUAUUGUAGUCAGUGAGAAAUUUAUAAACAGUUGUACUGAUCUGUUCAGGGAGUUGAUGCACCACAAAGCCGAAAAGGAAAUGAAAAAUAACCCUGUUAAUUUAGUCACCGAAGAGGACCUGAAAGAGGCUUCUAUUUUAGAAAAUUCAUCUGCUAACAAAAAAGACAGGAAGGAUGAAAGAAGAAAGAAAGCAACAGAGGGCAGUGGAAGUGUGAGAGGAAGUGGUGGUGGAAAUGCCAGAGAGUUCAGGAUUAAGAAAACCAAGAAGAAAGGAAGAAAGGAUGCGGAGAGUGAUGAGGAAUCACAAGCAAGUAGCACAAGUAGGAAUAAGCAUCUGGAGAUUCCUUUCAUGUCACGGGAAGAGAUUCAAGAUGUUUUAAGGAGCCAUAUAGAGGACUGCCCUGAAGAGCUUAUUACAGAACUUGCCAAACAUUUAAUACGGUCCCUAACAAAGAGCUACCAGGAAGUGGUACGUUCAGUAUUCGUGUCUUCAACCUCUUCUUCAUCUGGAGCUAGCAGGAGGCGGACCAUCAAGGAUUUGCAGGAAGAGGUUUCAAACUUGUACAAUAAUAUCCGAUUAUUUGAAAAGGGAACAAAGCAUUUUACAGAUGAGACACAAACUAAUCUUGCCAAACACAUGCUGAAGACAGUUUGUACAGACAUCACAAAUCUUAUUUUCAACUUCCUUGCUACCGAUUUAAUGAUAGCAUCAGAAGAUUGUACUGCCAUUACAAGUGAGGUCAGGAAAAAGAUUUUAGGUAAAUUACCCGAAGAGACCAGAGGUCCUUUAACUAAGCUACAUACUUCUCUGAAUGGCAAGAGUUUAGAAGACUUUCUUUUGUACCUUGAUUCUUCAGCAGAUGCUUGUGAUAUUAUGGUGAAAAAAGGGGACAAAAAGAAGGAAAGGCAAAUUCUGUUUCAGCAUAGACAGGCUCUGAUUGAACAACUGAAAGUCACAGAAGAUCCAGCUCUUGUUUUACACCUGACAUCGAUCCUGUUGUUUCAGUUUUCAACACAGUGCAUGCUUCAUGCACCAGGAAGAUGCGUACCACAAAUCAUUUCUUUCCUAACUACUAAGAUCCCAGAGGAUCAACAUUCUCUUCUGGUCAAAUAUCAGGGAUUAGUGGUGAAACAGUUGAUGAGUCAGAAUUAUAAGAUUGGACAAGGGGAUGAUGGCACAGUGGAUGAUAACCUAGGGGAGAAAGAAUGUCCAGACACUAUUCGAAAAGAACUGCAAGAAAUCACCGCCUCUCUCAAAGAUCUUGUUCUCAGACCCAGAAAAUCUUCUGUAACAGAGGAGUGA